GCCUCGGGCCGAUUUCCGGCCGCACCGUGCGGGCGGCCGUGCGGGCUUUGUCAGCAGGCCAGCGGGGCGGGCGGCCAGCGGUCCGCGUGCGGGGCGCGCGCGCCGUCCUCUCGCCGCUGGGCGCCGGACUGACGGGUGACUAGAAGGUGACUCCAGAGCCUGAAUUUCUGAGCAUGGAAAUCUGCAGAAGACAGUGUCCGAAGCCCUCACAGUGAUGGAGGUCGCUGCCCCUGCGCCUGGCGGGGGCCCUGAACCCAGAUUAGGGGGGCUGUUGGGAAACCUGGACGGGCAGAGCCUGCGGAGCUGCCCCUCCCAGGAGGGAGGUUUCAAGCAGGUGACAGUUACCCACUGGAAGAUCCAAACAGGAGAGGCAGCGCAGGUGGGCAGUAAGUCAGGAGGAAGCCCCGUCCUGAGCUCAAACCUCCUCCUGCUUCAGAGAGAGCUGAUCGAAGGGGAGGCCCACCAGCGCGAGGCUUGCGGAAGCUUCCCAUUUAAUUCGGACCUGGUCAGACAUCAGGUUUCUCAGGCUGGGGAGAAGUCUCACAGACGUGACGAGUGUGGGAGGGGCUUCGGCCAGAGCUCCCACCUCGUGGAGCAUCCGCGCGCUCACGGCGGAGACAGACUCUACGUGUGUAACGCGUGUGGGAAAGACUUCGUUCUCUACGCGGAUCUUGUGGAGCAUCAGAAAGUGCACGCGGGAGAAAGGCCCUUCAAGUGCGCUCAGUGUGGGAAGGCGUUCUGUCACAGCUCAGACCUGAUCCGCCACCAGCGCGUCCACACCCGGGAGCGACCUUUCGAGUGCAAGGAAUGCGGGAAAGGCUUCAGUCAGAGCUCGCUGCUCAUCCGGCACCAGAGGAUCCACACUGGGGAGAGGCCCUACGAGUGCAACGAGUGCGGCAAGGCCUUCAUCCGGAGCUCCAGCCUCAUCCGGCAUUACCAGGUCCACACGGAGGUGAGGCAGUACGAGUGUGAGGAGUGCAGGAAGGCCUUCCGCCACCGCUCGGACCUCAUCGAGCACCAGAGGAUCCACACCGGGGAGAGGCCCUACGAGUGCAACGAGUGCGGCAAGGCCUUCAUCCGGAGCUCGAAGCUCAUCCAGCACCAGAGGAUCCACACUGGAGAGAGGCCUUACGUGUGCAACGAGUGCGGGAAGCGUUUCAGCCAGACGUCGAACUUCACUCAGCAUCAGAGGAUCCACACUGGAGAGAAGCUCUACGAAUGUAACGAGUGCGGGAAAGCGUUCUUUCUGAGUUCGUACCUUAUUCGACACCAGAAGAUCCACACUGGAGAGAGGGUGUAUGAGUGUAAGGAAUGUGGGAAAGCUUUUCUCCAGAAAGCCCAUCUCACUGAGCAUCAGAAGAUCCACACUGGGGACAGGCCCUUUGCGUGUAAGGACUGUGGGAAAGCCUUCAUUCAGAGCUCCAAGCUCCUCCUACACCAGGCUCCGGACACGCAGGCUCGGCGGCCAUGGUUCACGGGCCCAGCCACACCGUGGCAUAUGGGAUCCUCCCGGACCGGGGCACGAGGCCGCGUCCCCUGCAUCGGCAGGCGGACUCUCAACCACUGCGCCACCAGGGAAGCCCCUCCUUAGCAUAUUUUGAUCUGUCAGAAAGGCAAGUUGGAGAAACAUCCUUUCUUAUCUAAAACCACAAAUUGGUUCCCUGUCGUCCUUAGGAUAAGUUCCAAUCUCCCCAUCCUGCAUCCGAAGGCCUUUUGCUUCCUGGGGCCUCUUCUCCCGCCGGUUAACUCCCUGCCGCACCGUUGGCACUGCGGCAGCACUAACUGCUGGACGUCCCCACUUACCCAGGCCGCUCCUGCCUCCUUGCCUCUGUCCUGGUUGGAAUGCCCCCUCUCCUCACCCGGCUGACUCGGCUCAGCCCGCUACCCCUCUGCUUCCGUUCCUCGGUGGUCCUUCACCUCUGUUGCUGCGCUUACUCUGAUAUGUCAAAAUCGUGUUUCAGAUCCUCUCUCUUUCCUUGUUACAGUGUUAACUCGUGGAGCACAGUGAGUGUAUCUGAUAGAUUUGUGUCCCUGGCGUCUAGAGCGAGGCAGUACAAAGCACACCCCCGUCCUUGCGUACUUGGCUUGUCCUCUCUAUACUGCUCUUUAAAAUACGUUUUCGGAUGCUCUUUUUGCUGUUGCUGUUUUGUGUAAUCUGCUGGUCUGUCGGAAAUACCUCCUCUCGGCCCUGCUGGCGUCUUCGGCUCAUACUGCGUUCAGCACUUGCAGGCAGGAGCCAGAGUGAGAUGGCGCCCCUUGUGUUUUUGCCUUCACGGCUUGUCCAUGACUGUCCACUUGCUCUGGGGGAGGCUUGUCCUCAGUCAGUCAUCCGUGUAUCUUUCUGAUUCAUUCAAAGGGCACACAGUCCUGGUGCGCUACAUGACUUUUCCCGUCUCAGCCAUUCCAUGAUUGAGCCAACGUCUUCCCCUUUCCCUGCUCUCUGACUCACUUUGUCAUUGAUUUGAAAAUGUAAUUAUCUAAAAGGACCAGUGCUAAAUACUGGGAAACCAAGAAGAAUGAGACACUAUCUGUCCUGAAGUCGUCCAGAGUCUGAUGGGGGAGGCAGGAAGGUCACGGUAUGCUGAGUUAAGUGUUGAAAGAGAAGUGUGUUCCCGGUUGUGCAGGAGCAUAGGUAAGGAGGUGACUAAUUUGGCAUGGGGCAACUGGGACGGCUUCACAGUGGAGGUGACAGCAAACUGGUCCACAGAGAUAAGUAGACAUUUUGUCAGCUAGAGCAGAGGAUGAUCUGGGAGGGAAUCUGGGGAAACGGCAGGACUGGUGGAUCCCUCUCUGGGUACGGCUGUUCGAAAGCAGGCCAGUUUUAUUACACAGCAGAACUGUUAGUUGUUCCCUCUGAAUUGCUUUUAUCUGAACAUUAACAAAACCAGUUUUGAAAUGCUGUGCUAAUGGAUUGCCCAUGAGGGUAUAUCUUGAGUUCUUAAACUCCAGCAACCCUAGAAGCCUUGAGGGGGUAAAUAAUUCAAAAAGAGCAUACAGUGCUCCAUCUUUUGGAAAACUCACCAUGACUGGAGAUGUUUCAAAUGAUAUAGAAGCAGAUAUUACCAGCCCAUUUUAACCAACUUUGUUUGGUUGAGGUCCAGUUGCCAUACAGUAAAACACCUAUUUUAAGUGUACAGAAUUCUGACAAAUCCAUACGCCUGUAUAACCAUCAUCAUGAUCAAGGAUAACAUUUCUGUCACCCCAAAAUGUUCCCUUUUGUCCUUUCCCAGUUAAUCCCACCUCAGGCCCAAGUAACCACUUCCUGUUAGUGUGGAUUCGUUAUGCCUGUUCCAGGACUUCCUGUUAGUGUGGAUUCGUUAUGCCUGUUCCAGGACUUCAUGUAAAUGGAUUCAUAUGGCAUAUAAUCCUGUGUAAUCCAAACGUCUUUCACUUCGGCAUGUUUUAAAGACUCAGCUGAGUAGUUCUGUGUUUCCAUAGCUCUUUUUCUUUGUGAGUAGUGUCCCAUUGUAUGCGUUAAGCAUCAUUUAUUAUUCAUUCAUCUGUUGAUGGAAAUUUGGGUUUCCAGCUUUGGCUGUUAUGAAUAAAACUGCUAUGAGCAUUUCCGUAAAAGUA